AUGCUGUCAUUUUCGUCGUCAUGGCUACUCCUCAGCUUAUUGGUUCUUAACAAUGUCAUUCCGUCAGCUUUGGCAGCAAUGGGAAGUUGCUCCAGUACAGAUAAAUGUGAAUCAGGAUGUUGCUCCAAAGAAGGAUACUGCGGCUUUGGGCCUGACUUCUGCGGAGAUGAUGUGUGUAUUUCAGGCUGCGAUGCUAUAGCAGAGUGCGGUGAAUUUGCCAAGGUCAAUGGUACUGAGUGCCCAUUGAAUGUUUGCUGUUCUGAAUUCGGCUUUUGCGGGACAACUGAGGAAUUCUGCGGAACCGGUUGCCAAAGUGGUUGCGACCCUGUCAAUGAACCAUCAUGUGGUGGAACGUCGAGUGAGGCCCGGUAUAUUGGAUACUACGAGGGCUGGAAUACGCAGAGACAAUGCGAUACUGUCACACCGGACAACAUAAACGUGGUGCCCUGGACUCAUCUCUACUACAGCUUCGCUUACAUUGACAAAUCCGAUUUCACCAUUACCACUAUGAACGAUGGUGAUGAGGACUACUGGACUGAGUUCACUGCCCUGAAGAAAAAGAAGAGCUCGUUAAAGACAUACCUCUCUAUCGGAGGCUGGGAUCUUGGUGGUGAAAUCUGGUCUAACCUGUGUCGUUUCCCGGGAACACGCAGCGCCUUCAUCAAAUCGGUCGUUAGUACUAUGAAGAAGUACGAUUUUGAUGGAAUUGAUAUUGAUUGGGAGUAUCCUGCUGCUGAAGAUCGGGGUGGUGCCAGCAGGAAUACUGCAAAUCUAGUGACGUUGCUUAAAGAGUUGCGUGAAGAGGUCAAGACCACGUAUGGAAUCACUGUAACGCUCCCAUCAUCUUACUGGUACUUGAAAGGCUUUGAUCUCAAAGGCAUGGCCGAGUAUCUCGACAUUUUCAACUUUAUGUCCUAUGACAUUCACGGCACCUGGGACGGGUCAACCAAAUGGACGCAGUCUGUGGUCAAUCCACACACUAACCUUACUGAGGUUUCUACUGGCCUGGACCUGCUAUGGCGGAACAACAUCGACCCUAGCAAGGUUCUAUUAGGUCUGGGAUUCUACGGGCGUUCCUUUGGCCUGGAUGAUCCCUCGUGUACAUCUCCUGGCUGUGCAUUUGACAAGGAUCACAAUAGCACCGGGGGAGCAGCUGCAGGCGAGUGCACUGCAACCAGCGGUAUUCUCUCUGACUAUGAGAUCAAUCGCAUCAUCGAGUCCAAUGAACCUACGAUCGAGUACGACGAAGAAGCCGCAGUCAACUGGAUGACAUGGAACAGUAACCAAUGGGUGUCUUUUGACAACGAGCGCACGUUGAAGCAAAAGGCCGAUUUUGCCAAUUCCAGGUGCAUGGGAGGUCUUUUCAGUUGGGCUCUGGAUAUGGGCGGACCUGGUUCUCUUAAAAGCCCCAACUCUAUGGACACCUCAGAUACCAGCAUGGAUGGUGCCGAUGUCGAGGGUGGCAGUGACGGGACUGAAACCCUCUUUGUGGGAUCUGGAGUAUUUGAUUCCGACUCCAAUCAGGUGACAGCCAUUGGGCCCGUGAAUAUCGUUUUCCCUUCGACAACACUGGCAACCCCGACCACAAUCCCGGCGCAGGGUUUGCCCACCUCGGUCGAAGUAGCCUGGAAGACAACCAAGACUGUGACGAGCGAAUCCAUAACAACGGCCACCACCACCAUAACCCGGUACAUUCAACACACGACCAUCUCAGUGCCGCCACUCACGACCAAUGCCCAUGGGUUCCACAACUGGAAUAUCACAGAGGCGAAUGCUACGCAGCUUGUAGGCACUCUAUGGCCCAGCAUCCCCCUGCCGCCUGUUACCAUCACUGACGACCCCAACCCUCUGAAAGAAACGGGUGUCUCCCAUCCGGCUAUCACUCGCACUGUGCAUCUGCCACCGUGGCCCUGGUAUACAGACAACGAGAAUCCCUCCAAGGUCACCUUCACCCAAGGCAACCCUCCCGGCCCGACCUGCACGGCUAACUGCGGUCAAGUUUGCACCGAGUUCUGCGGCGGUCCCUGCCUCAACAACUGUGACGACCUUUCCUACUCUGACUUUGUGGAUCCCAUAGACAACAACCCACCCUCAGUUGCUCCAUGCUCAGGCCCAGACUGCAAGAAUGGCAAGUGCAUAGGCAAACUAUGCGUCCAGAAAGGCUGCACUGGAAAGGACUGCUACAGCGGCAUCUGCGUAGGUGGCGACGACUGCAAGCCGACCGGAUGCACAGGAUCCGACUGCGACAGCGGUCAUUGCUCGGGCUCCGACUGCCAGGACCAUGGGUGCGUAGGCUCUGACUGCGACAGCAGUUCAGGUGGGUGCUUCGGCAUUGGUUGUCUGUCAUGGGGAUGUCUGGGUUCACAAUGCUCAAGCCAUGACUUUACCUGCACAGGACCCAACUGCCGAGUCGUGAGCUGCAUAGGCGAAGAUUGCAAAAAUGGAAUCUGCACGGGCAAAGACUGCCAGUCUGAAGACUCUGACUGCGAAACCCAAGAAGCCGAGAUGUGCACCGACUGGAUCAGUAGCACACUUGUCACCCCGGCGUCGACCUACUCCACCGAGACCUUGACCACCGCCUGCGAGACCAUCACAGCCUGCAACGCAAAGCCGACGACCGCUACCAAGACGAUUGAUGGAGACGACUUCAUUGAAGCUACUGUGACCAUCAUCGAGUAUGAGGAAACGCUAGAUGCAGACAUUGAAGCCUCGAUUGAGAGCGACUGGUCUUCCUAUAUUUCCAGCUACUGGUCAGCCAUCGAUUCCACUUCCACCUCCACCACGGCAACCAAAACCACUACCGAAGGCGGAGGGACUGACCCAACGGAUUCUGCAAUCCCCAACUCUUUCAUCAUCUUCAAAUACCACGAGGAAAAAGAUAAUGGUUUCGAUCUCUCUCACAGCGAUUCAUACGCCUUCUAUGGUGCCUACUACUCCUACCGACAGCAGAUCACAGAGGACGAUGUCUGCGCCCACACACGCAAAGUGACUAACUCUGUCGGUGCCAAAGGGUCGACUGAAUAUCCAACUGAUUUGGGCUCUUUCACGCUGGGCCAGUACACUGGGUGCAAGUAUACUCCAAAUGGUUCCAAGCCCGGGAUUGUGUCGUGCGAUAACAACGAGCUGCCAUUCGAAUGUAUAGGGUAUAUACAUACUGGAAGCGGUAACGUAGUGGACUAUUACUGCGGUCAGACUAUGUCAGGGAGUGGGACAAGAACGUUCAGAUCUUAUAACAAGGCGGUGGAGUGUUUGGUUUAUUGA